CGUUCUCGGCGCUAUCGGAACGAAACCUCGGCGAGGGAGCUCGACGUCGUCUUCUCUCCUUCCUCCUCCCUUGCCACGAGAUUGAUCCUCCCUCCCCCUUUCUCUUCUUCGAAACCGUUGCCUGUGGCUGAGAGAGGGAGAGACCUUGAAAUUCUCCAUUCCAUUGUUCUUCCUUCUCUCAUCAUCUCUGUGUGUGUGUGUGUGUGUGUUCUGUCCGCUUGCAGCCGGUGGAUGUUAGAGCUGAGCUGCCGCUGCUGGAGGCCUGAUUCGUGAGUUUUUCCUCCCUUCGAUGCAUGCCGUCAACUUCUACUUUCUUCCCCUGUUCUGUCGGUGCUGUUUGGGUGAGCGAGAGGAGCUUGAAUUCUUCCUUCCAUUCCUCUUUUGAUCAUUGGAUAAAAAACUGAGUUUCAAACGACAGUUGUGGGUGUUUCACAUUAUUCAAUCUUUAUUUUCAUUCCCAUACGUAAUGGGUCAUACUGAUACCUUGGAGUACCCCAUAUCAGAGCAUACGCUUCAGUUAUUGUUUGGGGCUUCAAACUCGACUGACUUAGAAAAGUCCUUAGAAAUUCUCAUAGAAAUUUCCAAAUCUGCUUCUGGGCGUUCAGAGCUUGCUUCCAAAGGACUUCUCCCAGCAGUGCUGGAGAUAAUUCACUCUGUGCAUUGUACCUCACGGUAUCAUUUUCUUUCACUGUCUUUGAAGUUCCUUAGAAAUCUAUGUGCUGGAGAAAUUGCAAAUCAAAACUCAUUUGUUGAGCUCAAGGGGGCUGGUAUUGUCUCAAAUGUUUUAAACGGAUUGGUUCGUGUGGGUUUGCAGGUUUUGGCAAAUGUUUCAUUGGCUGGGAAAGAACAUCAGCAUGCUGUUUGGGAAGAACUCUAUCCUAAUGGUUUUGUAUCUCUUGCAAGACUCCGGAGCAAGGAGACUUGCGAUCCCUUGUGUAUGAUAAUCUAUACAUGUUGUGAUGGGAAUCCUGAAUUAGUUAGAAAGCUUUACAGUGAUCGUGGGUGGCCUAUAAUGGUAGAAAUUGUGAGAACUGCUUCUUGUGCAGUUGGUUUUGGAGAAGACUGGUUAAAGUUACUCCUUUCAAGAGUAUGCUGGGAAGAAUCUCAGUUGCCUCUAUUGUUCGCUAAAUUAUGGUCUGGGGCUGCUCCUGAGGGUGAAGUUACUAAAUCUAGAGAUGAUCAGUUAACAUCUGAACAAGCAUUUCUUUUAGGAAUUCUAGCAGAGGUCUUGAAUGAAAAGAUUUCUGAUAUCACUAUUAUAAAGGAUGUUACAAUGUUUGUUUAUGAAAUAUUCAAGCAGUCUAUUGGGGUUCUUGAGCACACCCCUAAAGCCAAGUCUGGUAUACCUACUGGCUGUGCUUCCAUUGACGUUCUUGGAUACUCUAUGAGCAUAUUGAGAGAUAUUUGUGCCCAAGAUGAUGCGGCAGCAGGUAGCAAAGGGGAUGCAGAGGAUGCUGUUAAUGAAUUAUUAUCACAUGGCCUCAUUGAUUUGCUUUUGUCCUUGCUUCAUGAUCUUGAGCCUCCAGCAAUAAUCAGGAAAGCAGUAACACAAUCUGACAACCGAGACGAAGCUGAACCAUCUAGGCUGUGGAAACCCUGCCUGUACAAGGGAUUUAGGAGAGACAUUGUUGCUCUUGUGGGGAAUUGUGUGUACAGAAGAAAGCAUGCGCAAGAUGAGGUAAGGAAGAAAAAUGGAAUAAUGCUGCUAUUGCAACAGUGUGUUACUGAUGAUGACAAUCCAUUCCUUAGGGAGUGGGGAAUAUGGUCAGUGAGGAAUAUGUUGGAGGGGAAUGAGGAGAACCAAAGGGUAGUUGCAGAGCUGGAGGUUCAGGGAUCUGUUGACUUGCCGCAAAUUUCAGCACUUGGACUUAGGGUUGAAGUUGAUCAGAAAACUAGACGUGCAAAGCUUGUAAAUAAUGCCCCAUGAAAAUUCACCUUGAAUGGGAUGCAUCUAUCAAUGGCGUCUUAAGAAGAAAGUGCAUUCUUCAGAAAAUGAAGAGUAGAUCUCUGAAGCAUAUUCAUUGAAACAACCAGGCCUUGUUUUGACCUUUUUUUAGGCGGAGUUUGUAUUUUUUCUCACUUCAGCUAUAGGUAAUUAAAUCUUAAAUUUGGCUAUGCAUCUCUUGUCGGUUUUCCUUUUGAUCUACAUCUUGGCUGAUAAAUUACGUAGGAUGGAUAAUGAAUUCAUUAGAGGGCUAACAAGUAACAACAGAUAAACUGUAUACGAAAUUUGAAUUAUAUUUAACAAUUUUUGUCGUUUUAGCCAUGUACAUUACAAAUUAUAAUGUUCAUUUUUUUUAGCAGACUUGUAUCAUCCUUA